AUGGCUCGUUUCACUUUGGUCGCUCUGGCAUUGGCCGGCAUCGUGCACACAGGUAGCGCUCUCACCUUGGGGGCUCGAUCAGGUACGUAUGCGUCACUCUAAGCUCCGGUAAGGGCAACACUGAUCCUUGACGAUGCCUGCCAGCAGAGACUGAGACCCUCCAUCGACGAUGGACUCCUACCGGCUCUUCGGACAACUCGAACAAGUGCACUCCCUUGGAACUGAUCUGGUUCCGAUCCGCUGCUGAAUCGCAAGCACGCCUUGGUCUGCUGGGUGACCCCAUGUACUCGGAGAUCCUCAAGUACGAGCCAAAGGCUAGCGCGUACAAUGUCAUCUUCAACGAGGCUACCUACGAGGAGACGGUCACCAACUUCCUUGGUGGUCAGGAUGCCACGCAGUGGAUCAACAAGAGAGCCGCACAGUGCCCGAAUCAACGCUACGUCGUCGGAGCAUACUCCAAAGGAACGCUUGGAGUGCACCAGAUGUUCCCUGCAGCAGACGUCAGGCCACGCGUAGCUGCGACGGUCGUGAUCGGAGACGCCAUGAGGAUCAGACCGUACUUUCCUCCCGCGGCUCUCAACUCUACCUGGCCUUCGAAUGGCGAGAGGACCCUCUCCCAGCCGUGCAAUUUCAACGAUCUCAUUUGCUGGCCUGGCGGCACCGACCACGACACCCACCUGUACGGAGGGUACAUCGGUCAAAUCCCCGCGCUGGCCAAAUUCAUGAUCGAUCGCUACCAGGAGAACAAGCGUGCCGUCUUUCCAAACGCCAAGGGCAUCAUGACGAAUCUCAACCAGGUCCUCUCUUCAAAGGAUGUUCCCGGCCUGCUGAAGAAUGUCGUCAACGUGCUCAAUGUCUAG